AUGCACAUGAAUCCAACACCGCUUCCGCGCUCGGAAGAUGACGGCGUCAUGUUUGCCUCGAUUGGACAAACGAAUCUCGCGCUGACGGAGCCGCCAGCGGCACUGCACGCCACAGACACUCUGGACGACAUCUUUGGAUCUGAGGAAGACGUCCAUGGCAGCACCCCGCUAACCACGGAGCCGUCGGACAUGCGCCGGCUGCAGAGCGAGCACACUACGGCAGGCUACCGCGAGGGAGUUACAGUAGCCAAGGCGGCGAGCGUACAGGCCGGGUUCGACGAAGGGUUCGGGCUCGGGGCCACGCUGGGGCUGAGCGCCGGCGAGAUUGUGGGCGUGCUCGAAGGCCUCGCCGCUGCGGUUCCUGGCGAUGAGCGGCUGGCUGCGCUCCUCGGCGAGGCCAGAUUGGAUUUGUCAGCUCGGUCGAUUUUUGGCACCACCUACUGGGAUCCUGACGGGACUUGGACCUAUCCGGUUCCUGGGCAAGACGGCGGAGACGUGGUUUUUAAGGAUGUGGUGGAAGCUCAUCCGCUCAUCGCCAGGUGGCGGGUCGUUCUGAAUGAACAACUUCAUCGUUGGGGAGUGAGGCGUGAUUUGUUCACAGAGGACCAAGGUGUUGAAGAGGAGGUCGUCAGCCAGAAGAAGCUCGGAAACCCCGCCGCUACGGCACCCAAGGCAGCGGCAGGCACAGCGCCGGCUACGCAGUCUCGCAUGAGUGAUGCGUUGCAGUGGUGA